UCAGAGAGAGAGAUAGAGAGAGAAGGAUGGUGAUUCCACCGGCAGUGAGACCUCCACGUCUCUUUGACUACCUCAAACCUUACGUCUUGAAAAUGCACUUCACGAACAAGUUUGUUCACGCCCAAGUCAUCCACUCACCAACGGCCACGGUGGCUUGCUCAGCGAGCUCACAGGAGAAAGCACUCAGGGAGACAAUGGGUGUCACACGAGACGUGGCUGCUGCUGCAAAGAUAGGUAAAAUCCUCGGGGAAAGACUCUUGAUGAAAGAUAUUCCAGCUGUUACCAUUCACAUGAAGAAAGAGCAGAGGUAUCAUGGUAAAGUCAAGGCCGUGGUUGAUUCUGUCAGAGAAGCUGGCGUCAAGCUGCUUUGAGGAUCAUUCAAUAAUAUCAAUGAAGCCAAAUCAAUUUCAUGUUGUUAUAACUCGGAAUAUUGUCCCUUUUUUUGGCUUAUCAGACGGAUUGGUGCCACAAUGAAAGCCUUGCUUAAUCCAUGUUUCAAAAAAAAAUGUUCAAAAGAGAACGAAUGUUAUAAGCUUUGACUAUUGCAAUAAAAGUAGAUUACAU